AGCAAGGCGCACAGCAAGGCGCAGCCAGACGCACACCCAGGCAGACACGUAGCAAAGAUAGGCGCAUGGCAAGGCGGACGAUGGUGGAGGUCACUGUUAUUAUUUGCCUCUCCUAAAGCCCCCCGUCGACCACUUCUUCAUUCUUGAAAACGAAGAGCCAACCUCCCCUACUCCUACCCUCUUUCUUCCCACCCCGAGGCCGGAGGAAGCUUCCUUUGGACCUCUAAGCCAGGCUCCAACCCUUUUACAGUUCUGAGUGCUAACGACAAGCUAGGGAAUAGAAUAAAAAACCCUCUCCCCUACAGCCGCGCCCGGCCGCCAAUUGUCCCCACCCCUAUCUAUCCAACAUCCUGAUUAAUUCGGCAUAUCAUCGGGCAAUUGAUACACUCAAAAUGCAUCUCUUUCUCGAUGAAAAGUUGUGAAGAGGAGGAGUAGAAACAAAGAGUGGAGAAGAGACCGUCGACACUUUUGACACGGCCCCACGAUCUAACUACCCAGCUCCUCUGAGAUCUAUACCACCGAAACUCACCUCCGAAAAGCGAGUCGAUCGAAGCGACAAGGCCUCGAGCAAUCUCUACAAUAUUCCCUUCGUUUCGCUCUAUUGAGGUGGCUUCUUUCGCGGACCUGACCUAUAUCCUUCGCGCGUCUCUAUGGCGCAUACGAAAGGGAUAAGAGGCCUGAAGGCGUGAUCGGUAUUACGAAUGGCUCUUCUCAAGGAAACAAAGAGGAGGAGAUAAAGAGGAGGAAAAAAGUUGAAAGAAAAUAACGGAAGAGCCACUCCAUUGCGGGCGAAAAACAUUGCUUCAGACCGUCCCGGGAUUAUCGACGAGGCUAUUGGCGGGAGCACUUUCAACGGCACACAAGCGCGCAGGUCUAUGAUCGGUCCGAUCUUUGCCAACAUCCUCUCCUCGAACUAUAUCUGUUUGUGACCUGGCCUGGAUGGCCACGACGGUAACACGUUGUUGAAAGAUUACAGUAUUGUUGAUACUAGCAGCUGAUCCCCGCCACCCUUGGGCGCCCAUCGAGGCUCUGCGACCGAAAUCUCAACAACUUCAAAGGAGACCCCGCAGUUUUGGCGAUUGCAACUCGCGACCAUAGAGUCCUAUUCAAUAUCUAUACCGAAUCGACUGGGCCUCAUAUCAACCAAUUCCUCUCGCGCGCGCACCCGACCCACACCAGGCUUUCCUCCUACUCCCCCGCUUUGCACUACCCCGUCUGUCUGGUCCGGCUAUAAGUCGAUCCGAAGGCACAGAUGCAGUUUAAGCUCCAUAUUCGUCGUUGCCACGGGUGGCAAUUACCUGGGCGGUAUUUACGGGACCCGUAUCAGCUCGGUAUCUACUCGCGGGUCGCGGCCUAGCCACUCGUGAAUUUCGAGGGGACCCGGCACUUCUUGCAGUCACCCACCUCCAGUUCAUCUACAGUCCGACAGUUCUUCAAUCACCAUAUCCUGGCGGUAUUGGGGGAUAGAAGAGAGUACCCACAAACAACGGCGUCGACCCGUCAAGUUAUGGCUACCAUCCGGGGUGCUCCAACGCCAAGUACUGCAUUCGCCACGGCUCUAAUUGAUCUCUUGACCAAGAAGUCGCUCUCGACGCUUUGGCCCUUCCUGAGUCGGGGGCAACGGCUUCGAGUUGCGUCCGGGCUAAGCGAUAACGACUUUGACGGCAACUUCUAUGGCUGGCACAUGCCUGAGGAUCCAGACGUUCGAACGGCUGAAGCACUGCAUAUGGAACCGGUCAAACGGCUCACGAACCUGGCCAUGACGGGUCAUACUCGAGCCACUGAGUCCUCCGACGGCUUCACCAAAGAUCUGCUUGCACAGAUCGUGUCGUUCCCCAAACAAUCACUCCGAAGCGUUGUUCGCGAGAACAACAACAUCAACACCGAGACGUGCGUGUGGCUCAAGCUGGCGCCUCGGAUCUUCCGACAAUCAAUGAGGUCUUCUCGAACGAUCGGCUGGGAGUCGAUAUCUGCUUUCCAUGGCGGUAGAUCUUUUCUUGGUCGACAGAUCCGUACAGGAAUGAGAACACCGACUGAAUCUGAGGCUUGUGCAGAGAAUUGAACCAGUCAUGUCGACCCUAAUACUCCAUGCUCUCCCUAGACCACCCUUCCAUCUUAUCAGUCCCGAUUCGACGAAUCAAACCCGUUUUGCCUCUACCGGUUCCACGCCGUUCUCUGCCCUCCACCGUGUCCUUCGAUUCUUCAGCGAUGGAUCUAUGAGGGUUGACCGCUGAGUGGGUGCAAUUGCGGCUGUUAUGCUCACCAAUGAGAUUGAAGGCGCACCUGGCAUUCAUCAGCCCCGACUCGAGCUUUCGGCGAGUGAUUCGCCUGAUUGUGUGCACCACAUCCGUAGCCGUGUUAUCUGGCCUAGACGGCGUUUCGAGGCGAGCGGUCAUCAGAGCUCAACCGAUAACGGACCACAAUGAAACGCACCUUUGACUGCGAUCUUUACCGUUCAUUCAGAUUCCCAAACUCAUUGAGCAAGGAAUUCAAGCGUUCAGGCGACACUUUUAGGGUCGUCAAGGUCGUUUUCAGCCCGUUUGACGAGAAUGGCAUCGGUCCAUCUACACCGAGCUUAAUAUUGUUGAGCUACAUUUGGACCAGUACAAUCCCCUGCUCCACUUUCACAAGCCCACUUUGUUGUUUCUUUGAGCUUUUUCGAUCAGAGACGUCGGAACUGACGCCAGGCCUCUAGCAUCUACCAGGUACCUUAGUGUAGCCCUAACCCCCAAACCCCCAAUAUCUCCAGCGUCGUUGUGAAUGUCGAAGACUUCUGUCUCGCGUGUUGUCCAAUCGGGACGAUCUUCUCGGGCAUGCUCUUGCAGUUCCCGAAAUCUG